AUGUCCGUCUCGUCUGGUGAAUAUUGGCUGAUAUCAGCACCCGGCGAGAAAGGUGCCAACGAUGCUUGGGAUAAGCUGAACCGAUCCACCUCAAAUCUCUCAAGCAAUUCGAAGUUCAACAUUCCUGAUUUAAAAGUUGGCACCCUUGAUCAACUUGUUGGGCUGUCUGAUGAUCUUGCCAAGCUUGAUUCGACUGCAGAAGGUGUGACAAGAAAGCUUGUCCAGUAUUUUGGUGACGUCCUCGAGGAUGACCGAAGCAAGCUGGCUGAAAAUCUGCUUAUAAAUAACAAGGACAUCAAAACUUAUGUCACGAAAUUCCAAUGGGAAGGCGCGAAAUAUCCGCUGAAACAAUCGCUCAAAGUGCUUAGCGAAAUCAUUGGAAAGCAAGUGACGCAGAUUGACAAUGAUUUGAAACAGAAAUCAGUUGCAUACAACAACCUCAAGAACAGUUUGGCAUCUAUCGACAGGAAAACAACUGGCUCGCUGAUAACGAAAGAUCUUGCUGACAUCGUCAAAGCUGACGACUUUGUGCUAAACUCGGAGUAUCUGCAGACAUUGAUGGUUGUUGUGCCGAAGCUCAAUGCUAAGGAAUGGGAACAAAAGUAUGCGACUUUCACUUCGAUGGUUGUUCCAGGAUCAAGUCGACUCAUCACGGAAGAAGGCGAACAUGCCCUAUACUCUGUAACUUUGUUCAAAAAAGUUAUCGAUGAGUUCAAGACUGUGGCUAGAGAACACAAAUUCAUUGUGCGUGACUUCGUUUAUGACGAAGAAUCCUUGAAAGCUGGAAAGAGCGAACGUGAUAAGUUGGUAGCAGAAAAGCAGCGACAAUAUGCCCCUUUGAUUAGAUGGUUGAAGAUCAAUUUUGGUGAAAUUUUUGCAGCUUAUAUCCACGUGAAAGCCCUCCGAGUUUUUGUGGAAUCUGUUUUACGGUAUGGCCUACCUGUGAAUUUCCAAGCGGCGGUAGUAGAACCAGCUAAAGGAUCCCAAAAGAAGUUGCGAUCAGAAUUGCACAAGUUAUACAUCCAUCUUGAUGGAUCAGCUGCAGGCCCUAUUGAUACUUUGGAAGAUUCACCAGCGCUGAUGUCAUUGGGCGUGAACGAGUACUACCCUUAUGUGUUUUUCAAGUUAAAUCUUGAUUUCGUAGAGAAGAAGUAGAUUUUUUGUAUCAACUUGCACGAGAAGACCAGUGAUUAUGUGAUAUGUCGCUUACUUAAAUUAACAUUAACGAUUAGUACCUUAGUGUUGUUAACGUACGUUCUAGAAAGUUAUAGAAUGGUUGUACCUGCAAACGACCCUUUUGACAGAAUCUACUAUGACGCAUUGCCCAUCGGCCGCGCAGUGGUUGUCAUCCCAUUUGCUGAAAAUUUGAGCAGUGAAUUAGUAACACAUUCCAUAAUGAUGUGAUUUUGCGAGUUUGGAAUAUCCUCUUUGAUGAAUUAGAGUAACAACGUUUUGACUCCAUUGUCCUCCGGUUUGUAUAUGUGAAAAUGACCUAUUAAUAUUGCAACAGUCUGUAAGUGAAGAUGUAUAAACUAAUUUGACGAUUCCUUGCUUAUGUUGUUGAAGCUUCGGUAUGAGGUUCGGAUUUGGAGAUAAGAGGAGC